GAAUUUAACUAGAUAAAGCUCUGAUGACUACAAUAGCUCUUCCUCUUAAUAGUUUAGAAGGUGUGAAACGAAACUACUCUGUUCACCUUCUAGAACCUUGUACACCUUGGCGUUACAAUGCAAAGAAGUUAGUCAAACUAACGCAUCAUACCAAUAUCAGUUUGACAGAAAUCAAUGGGAUGUUGGCAAUGUUUGAACAGACAUCAAACACAAAGACAACUUUGUCACAACUAUAUUUACCAUCGUCAUCGUUACCAUCGCUAUCAUCUAUGUUAUCAUCAAAUGUGAAUUCCUCCAAUCAUACUCCUACAUCAGAUAUUUCUUUUAAUACAAUCAGUGGAACUAAUGAUAUUUCUACCAGUGAUAAUAGUAAUGGCUUGAAUGAACAUGUUUAUCACUAUACUAGUAACGAUAAUGAUAACAAUUUGGCACAGAGCAGUAACAGUAUCAAUUGUCAUAGUAACAAUAAUAUCGGUAACAGUAUAGCAAGAACUGCUAUUACUACUGUAAAUAUCAAUGAAUUGGAUCCUCAGGAUGAAGACUGGUCUACACCAACAGGAAGUAUGGAAGCAUUGAAUAUAGAUCAUGUGGUUUCGGGUGGAUCAAUGUCUCAGGAUAUUAGUAACAGUAGUGAAAUUACCAAUACAUCUCCACUGGCACAACAACCAUCUACAUCUCAAGGAAAACUUGAUGAAUUAAUGUCAAUAUUUCCUAAUUUAAAAUCAAACAUACUUGAGGAAUUUUUAUCACUUGCACAUGAUAACGUUUCAUGGGCAACUACAUUGAUUUUAGAUAAUCAUACUAGCGAAAGAACAAGUCAGAAAAUUGAGCAGAAUUCUAAUCUAGUUGCAAAUAAUUUAUUGUUAUGUAAAUCUAUUGUUAGUCAAACUUCUGAACAUCCAUCGACAGAAGUAACAGAAGCAGCCUUAGAUCCUGCACCGCUAUCACCAACAACUUGUACGCCUAGUUUUUCCAAUAUCUUGGAAGACAAUACAAAUAAUGUUGGCCAAACUACUUUGUCAUCUGUAAAAGAAUCUCAAUGUGAAAAUGAAAUAGGUCGUACUUUUAAUCAUCAACACGGUAUUAAGUUUUCAAGAAGUUUUCUACAAACAGCACAUGAAGAGUAUGCAUUUGGUCUUGGCUUAUCAGAUGUUGAUAUAUCUCCUGAUGCAAUUCCCGACUUUAUCAUCGAUGAAUGGACACCUGAACCUAAUUUGAUCAAAGAAAUUUAUGCCAGUUUUAUGCGACAUUUAGGUGUUCUCUCAAAUAGCACAACUAGUGUAUUAACACCGAAAUUUCCGCCAUCAAAUACACGGAAUUCAAAUCAAAAUACAAAGAAAACUACUGUAACACCAUCAACAAAUAUAACAUCAAAGAGAUCAUUUUCAACAUUUUUACAAAUUAUGGAUGAUGAAGAAGGUCUACUGCGUUCUGUAGAAGAUUUUCGAACGUCCUUAAAUACUCCCGUCAUACGUUUGAUAUUAAACCGGUUGAUGUCUAAAUUUCCUGGGACACAAAAAAAUGUUGUUGAAGAAGCAUUUGUUCGAUGCGAAUUUGAUGAAGCUCGGACAGAAGUUUAUCUUUUAACUUAUUAUAAAUCAACUAUUGAAUCAGUGACAAAGUCUACGACAACAACAACGUCGACAACCACUAACAAUUCAUCAUCUAUUCAGUACUGGAAUAACAUGUCGUCAACUGUGAAUCAACAGUCUAUCAAUUCAGCUUUUAUACCUAAUAAUAGUGAUAAUAAUGGCAAUAAUAUUAAUAAUAAUUUGGUUGGAUUAGAUUAUCAUCAGAUUACGGAAGAAAACUUGAGUUUACAAGAAAUUCAAGAUGAAGAGGAAGCGCUGAAUAGAUCUAUUGAAGAUCAGAGAGAUCGUCUUCUAACAUUGGCCAAUCAACUUUGUUUGAGUCGUUUAAAAGCACAGUUUCCUGGAAUAGAUAUAAAUUAUUUGGAAAAUCUUUUCAUUCGAUUUGAUUUAAACGAGCAAAAUCUUUCGGAUUAUCUCAUAAAACAAGGUUUUGUAACUCACUCGUUAAAUCCAUUUCUCGUGGAAACUGUAAAUAAAUACAUUGAAAAUGUCGACGAUAAUGAUAGUAGAGUUUCACCAGUUUCAUCUAGUCAAGGUUAUGUAACUGAUAUUAGCAAUAGCAGUAUUCAUAAUACUGAUUGGUUAAAUUUGGUUAACCAAAAGAUAUCUGGUAUUCGACAAAGGAUAGGUCGUAUGAAGAAUGAUCUUUCAUAUGCUAACGAUAAUCGAAUUAAACAAUUCCAAAUAACUGAGAUACGUUCAUUACAAAGUCAAUUGCAUUAUUUAGAAUUACAAAAAGCUGAAUAUCUUGUUGAUACAAGAUCAUCAUUAUAUGAAGAUGAAUUAUUGACCAAUGGAGGGAAACCAAUUCAUUCAGCUUGUUUAGCAUUUGCUUAUCUUGAUUUACAUGGAUUAAAUAAAUCAUGCGCAUUACAUGUAUUACAACAACGUUUAACUUAUUUAAAAGAUAAAUUAAAUCGAUUAAAAUCAUUGAAAUAUUUCACCGUGAUAACUGGUCGAGCAGCUGGCAGUGAAAGUGACUUAGUGUCAAUAGCCCCAGUGUUAAGACCAGCAGUUAUACAGUAUCUUUCAAGAAAUGGUUAUAAAUUUGAAGAGAAUUUUCGAGUCGGUUCUGGACAUUUUACAGUUAGUUUAAACAAUUCAAAAUUGAGAUAAUAAUAGAACUGACAGGGAAAAUUUGUUUUCAUUGAUUAAUAAACAAAUACUUGAUUACUGCAAUUUUCCUAUUCCAUUUAUAUAUUUUUUCUGUUUGAUUAUUUUUUCUAGUCUACAGCCCGCAUCGUUUUUUUUUGAGCAAAAAACGAUCCGGUAAGAAGAUGAUUUUAUUUUAAUUGAGAUCAUGAACCAAUCAACGGUAGUCUAACAUUCAACGGUUCAUGAUCUCAAUUAAAACUCAACAAUUUUCACAACCCUAUACUGAUAAGAUGAUCUUGUUGUUGGUGUAUGUUUGAUUUUUUGAUAAUCACUGUUAUUUCUGUCACUUAGAGUUGUAUGUUCGUUUGUUUCUUAUUUUGUAAAAAUCUCUUUUUCGACGAAAAAGAAAACGGAAGAUUAAAAAAAAUAUUUACUCAGUGUUUUAAUGUCAAUUCACUGGAUUGGCACAACUUGGUUAAUUUAUAUCCUAUCAUGGUAUAGAUUGUCAUUGCUGAAUCAGCAGUAUAUUGUUAUUUUUUUUCAAAAAAAAAGUCGUAAUUAAACUGUAAAUGUAUG